AUGACGCAGAUCCCUGCGGGCAAGUCUACAGGAGGCGUUCUCCAGAUCCCCGCCGCUGCGACUCAGAAGAAUGCCUCUGCGCCGCCAAAGAAGGCUCCAAAGCCAGCCGCGCCUCGAUUGAAGCUCCUCGUCAGACGUCUGCCACCCGGACUAACACAAGCGGAAUUCGAGACAGCGUUGGGCUCGGAAUGGAAGGUUGGCGGUGGGAAGGUCGACUGGUUCCAAUACAAGCCAGGAAAGGUCUCUAAAGACGAUCACACCAUCCCGCUCUCGAACAAAGUCCGCCAAACGUCUUUCUUGGACGCCCGUAAUACCUCAACCGAUCCUGUCCUUUUGGGACCUCCAUCUUUGGAAUUCGCACCUUAUGCCAAGAUUGCCGGAAACCGUUCGCGCAAAGACGCCCGUCAAGGAACUAUCGACCAAGACCCCGAGUUCAUCGCUUUUCUCGAGAGCCUCACGCAACCACUUGCCAAACCGGCUCCUGUCGAGUCUGGCGCUGAUGGGGAGGAUAAGAAGGAGACGGUGACUGUUACGCCUUUGGUGCAGUACAUCAGAGAGAAGAAGGCCAACAAGGCGAAGGAAUCCAGCAAAUCUAAACACAAGUCGGACAAGGACUCCAAGGGGGAGAAGAUCCAGGCGAAGAAGUUGCUACAACGUCCUGACAGGGAUACAAAGGACUCUGCUGCUACGGAGAAACCCGAGAAGAAAUCCAAGUCCGACAAAGCUACCAAGGAAGCUGUGAAGGCCGCAAACAAGCAGGCUGCUAAUGUUGCUGCCAAGCAAGCCGCGAAAUCAUCUCCAGCGCAAAACUCACCCAAGGAUACGCCACAGACAUCUACAGAGCGGAAACGCGAACGUGGAAGUGUCGCGGCUGCUGCCAAGAUCCUCCAGCGCGACCUGGGGCUUGCUCCGUCCGGUCGCCGCAGGGGUGGCAAAGCAGCGGCCGUUGAUGGAGAUACGCCCAAGUCUGAUCAGAGCGGAACUGCAACCCCAGAUACGAGCAAGAAGGAGACGCCGUCCAGACCUUCCAAGGGGGCGAACUCGGCUCGGGACAAGUCCAAGGGCAGCAACACACAACCACCCAGUGAGCCAUCCGAAGCAAGCACUCCAGUCAGUACUACACCUAAGCCGGGAAAGUCUGGGAAGGGGAAGCAAGCAUCGGCAGGACCGGCAGCGACCGCUACCCAAGCAUUCCUCAAGCACGCCAACCCAUCUCAGGGCGUUACCGAGCCACUUCUGGAAGCCGCAUUCGCGCCAUUCGGAAAGGUUCUCAAAGUGGAGAUUGAUAAGAAGAAAGGAUUCGGCUACAUUGAUUUCGCAGAACCCGACGGACUUCAAAAGGCCAUUGCUGCUAGUCCUGUCUCGGUCGCGCAGAGUCAAGUUGUCGUGCUAGAGAGAAAGGCCAACCCCGGUGGAGAGAAGGGCCGCGGCAAAGGCCGCAGUGAAGCCCAAGCAUCCUCGGGAGGCGGCGGCGGCGGUGGUGGUGGUGGCGGUGGUGGUAACAAUAGCCGGGGGAAUAAGUCCAAUGAAAGCGGCUCGGGGGGCAACUCAUCUCGUGGACCACGCGGUGGACGAGGGUCCAAGGGCAAGGGAGCCCCCAAGGGAGGAGGAGGCGGAGGAGGAGGAAACAGUGGUGGAAAUGCCGGGGCUGCGAAUGGGAAUCACCCUGAGAGCAAGGGGGGUUCAGAUAGUAAAUGA